AUGGAACAUACCGCUCCUCGUCCGAUUCCAGUGUCAAAGACACUGGCCGCCGCCAGGAAACAAGACUCAAACGACAGUCUAGACAACCCUAUCGGAGCCAGCCAUAUCGUCAACGGAGCAAGCACAAACGCAAGCACAGGCAUCACCCAGCAGUCCCCACAUAGAUCACCGCCAACCUCAGGAAGCGGGCUCACCCUCCGUGAACGCCAGCAACUUGCUAACAGCAACAGCAGUUCCAAUGGAAGCGGCGGCAGUCUCACCCUCAGUAUCACCCCACCCAAACCCACCUAUCUCUCUAUCGAUCCACAACAACAUCUCCUUCAGAGGCAACAACAGUUUCUGGCCCAGCAGCAGCAACAAAACGGAACGAUGAGCGACAGUCAAGAGUCUCUUGGUUCUAAUCUGUCUCAGAUUCAAGGCCAAGGACGGAGGGCAUCCUUCAACCUCUCGACUGGAUCUCUCACCUUCACACCAGGCUCCUCCUCCUCGCUGGCGUCUCCGUCUUCACCGUCCUACUCUACCAUUGCCGUCGCACGAGCCAGGGCGGCGGCCGCAGCUGCAGCAGGGCAAGGGGACAAUACAGCUUGCGACACAACAAUAGAAUCCUACGGAGAUCUUUCUGAAUCAGGAGUCUUUCCAGGAGUGCACCCAUCGACACAAUAUCCCACAGGAGAAGGGAGACAAGGAGUAACACCACCAAACUCAAACAACGCACCCCACCCACCCCUCUCGGCAGCAUUGUCCUCGUCCAAUUCUUCUCUCUUGUCGAAUGGGUCAGCGUCAUCUUUCCAUUCAGGAUCAGGAUCUUCCUCCACGAAUUGCAUGCCCUUAUCACAUCUUCAAGACAAUGACAAAGCCGAGCGGGAAGUGUCGAUGAUCCUUCCAGACUUUCUCUUUCUCGGAGGCGAGUUGGUUGACGAGGAGCAGGUCGAGAAAUUGGAACGGCUCGGAAUCAAGCGAGUGCUCAACGUGGCUGUGAACUGCGACGAUGACCUCUGGAUCCAACGUUUUGGGCAGGCUGGGUAUCUCAAGGUCGGUCUCCGGGACCAUGUUGAUCAGGAUUUGAAAGAUGGUCUUGACGAAGCCAUCAAGUUCAUCGCAUCGUCCAAGACACCAAUCUAUGUGCACUGCCAGGCUGGCAAGUCGAGGUCUGUCGCAACCGUGAUUGGGUACCUGAUCCAGGAGCACCGGUGGCCCCUCAAGCGAGCAUACGAUCAUGUGGUCGAACGGCGCCGGUGCAUGUCCCCUAACAUUGGCUUUGUCUCACAACUGAUCCUCCUCGAGAAGCGCAUCCUGGGAUCCGACAAGGCCAAUGGACUCGUCAGUGUCGGAGACUCUGACGAUCUGGAUCCUUCCUCAAGAACCACUGUCGUCUCCUGGAUGACUUCAUGA